CUUACUGCGGGGAAAAUCAAUCCAGAGGGUGAGCGAGGAAAAUAUGGCGGACGUCGAGUUCGAACAGUUCGGAAGAAAAUUCGAAAAAAACUGUAUCAGUAAUGUGAAUAAUAGUUCACCAUUUUACUCGCUCGUUCAUGUUGAUGAUGACUCACCCUCAACCUCCCCAUCGCCGGAAGAAGAAACCCAUGACUGUGAUAAUAUUAAAGAAUCAUCGGGCUCAAAUUUAAUACCCACUAGGUCACAAAUCGAAAACGAGGAUAACCCAACCAUAGAAUGUUGCGGAGCACGUGGUAUUCUAGCUCCACCCUGGAAGGGAGAAAGGCGAAGAAGAAAACUGCCAGAAAUUCCAAAAAAUAAAAAAUCUGCAAUAGCCACAAUGUACAGUAAUGCCCAUCAACAAUUGUCUCGCGAUUUGUCACUGGCAGAUGAAAUGGCAUCUGGAAGUGUCAGUUCGAGCGGGCCCAAUUCUAUUUUGGGAUUAAAAUGUGGAUAUCUUUGGGAUGAAUCUCCGGAAUCAGACAGAUUACUGACAGAUGCGGAUAGUGGUCACUCUACCGCUCACUCUCCUACAGGUACAGAUGGGCCAAAGUCAAUGUCUCCUCUAAUGGGCAGCAGUCCUUCUAUAGUUGGGGGAAUGAUGUAUAGUGACGUCGAUAUGCUUGAAUCAACUCACAGGGCCUUACAUAAAUUUGUUCCUCGACACGAAGAUGAAAUCGAACUAGAAAUCGGUGAUCCAGUAUACGUACAAAAGGAAGCAGAUGAUUUAUGGUGUGAAGGCGUAAACUUAAGAACAGGAAGAAUGGGAAUAUUUCCUUCUGCAUAUGCGGUAGACACUGACUAUAGUGAUUGGGACUCCAAUACAGAUCACGGCAGACGCGAACGAUACAUUUUAGGCUACCUCGGAUCCGUAGAAACCCUCGCUCAUAAAGGUACCUCGGUGGUAUGCCAAGCCGUAAGACGAGUAAUUGGCAAUGGUACAAUAGAGCCGGAAAUACAGGUGUGCACAUUGGAAGUUUCAGAUCAAGGCCUUAGGAUGGUUGAUAGAAGAAAACGCGAACAAAGCGAACCAUGUAUAGACUACUUCUAUUCUCUAAAAAAUGUUAGUUUCUGUGCAUUUCAUCCCAGAGAUCAUAGAUAUUUGGGAUUUAUCACAAAGCAUCCCACGUUGCAAAGGUUUGCUUGUCACGUCUUUAGAGGACCAGACUCUACGAGACCUGUCGCAGAAGCUGUCGGGAGGGCCUUCCAAAGAUUCUAUCAGAAAUUUAUAGAGACUGCAUAUCCAGUGGAGGAUAUUUACAUAGAAUAAGCAACGGUUUAGUCUAGUUAACUGCCUGUUUAUCUUCUACUAACUGAAACAAAUCAUCAUGGCAAAUAAAACUCAAUAAAUAAACAGCUUGAGCUAUAAAUAAAAAGUUUUACAGGGUGAUCUCAAUAAAAACCUGAUCACUCCUGUAUAAAACUCAACAUCAUAAAUCUUGUUUAAAAGUCUGAAUAAGUCAUUUAGUUUUUCGUGCAAAGCAUUUUAUUUGUGUUUCGUCAUAUCAUCAUUAAAGCUUUUAAAGCCAAAAUUUUAAAAUCAUAUAAAUAUAUUAGGAUUACAAUACAUUUAUCUGUAGUUUUAAAGCAUAUUUAUCUUUGUUAUUUAUUUUUAAUAUUUUUUACUAAUAUGUGUUUAUUUACUUAUGAAUUUUUUGAUGUAUACAGUUUUUUUAAAUAAAAAUUAUUGUGCUAAGAAUAGAGUUAAAAUCAACAAUAAUAAAAAUAAUUGUAAAAUAAAUAUAUUCUCUUCUAGUACUUCCUAAAAACUAUUAAAAGAAAGAGCAUAUAAAUAUAGAGUGCAAUAUAUAAUAAUGUAAUGGUCUGGGAUUAUUCCACAACGGAAUGUAUAGGGAAAUUUUGGUAUAUUUUUGAUACAUCUGACCUAAAAAAUUGUGUUUUUAAAUGCGAUUCUCUGUUUAAGGUAAUCGAUUUUGAUUUAAUUUAUUUGAAUUGCUAUUUAUUUAUUGUUUGUCAAUACAUACUCAUAUUUAUUGAA